UCAAAUUUGGUACCUACAUUCUGUUCAGGUGUUAUGAUGUGACUUUUGGUCAACUGAAAGAUAUUUGAAUACAAAGUUAGGAAUUGGGAUUAAUCAGAAAUAUGGAGCAUUACAAGGAGUAUGUAGGAUGUGAUCUUUGUAAGGCGCCUCUAUCAAAUAUAGCUCAGAGGAUUAUGUCAGCUAUGCAAUCUUUUCCUUUGGAAGAAACUCAUAAUAACAGAAAAAGUGAACCAAGUGCUGUUGAGGAGGCAAGCGAGUAUAAAUUCAGGGAAAAGAAAACACUUCUGGAACAUGAAAAGGAGAUUCACAAUUCUGUACCUGUAUUAUUAAAGUCUGCUUACACUGCAAAAAAUACAUCUCUUAAAAAUGAAGUGUUUUGCAACCGAGAGACCAGCAUGGGCUUACUAUUGCCCCCCUUCUGUUCAAGUGCUAUUCUAAGUAACCAAAGUUACUAUUCUAGUGCUAUUCUAAGUCUACCAAAAUGGCACAGUGGUGAAGGGAACUCUUCAGUAAAGACAAAGGAAAAUAAGGAUUGUGAAAAGAAUCUUAGAGAAUCUUCCAGUCUUAAAAGGAAACGGGAUGUGUCCAUGUAUUGUUCACAGAAGUUAGAAAAAUGGUUCCCAGAAAAGCACUCUAUUAAUCCAUGUAAAACUAAGUGUGAUUGGACUUCCAAACAAGGUGAAUCACCUGAAAAAGCAUUUUGUGAUGUAAGAAAUUUAGAGUAUGAAGAAAAGAUCCAGUUCCUUGGAACUAUUAAACAGGCAUUGGCUGUAGUGAUUACAAUGGUAUUUCAAGAUGGUUCUUCACAACUUAACUCUGAUCAGGAUUUAACUUCAUCAGUAAAAGGAAUCGCUGUAUUAGUGAAAAGUCAGUCAGACCACCUUUGCCCUUCCAGUGGAUGUUCCAUUGCUAAUCCCUUGGAUACCUGUGACAGGAAUGAUAAGCUUGUUUAUUUAAAGCUAGAGCACACUUCUGUAUGGGGACAAGAAGAACAGGCUCAUAAGCAAUACAGUCGACAAAUAUUAAUUCAAAUACUACAGUGUAAAGGUACUGUUGUUUGCUUCAAUGCAAAGGAUUUUCUGAGAACAUUACUCCAUGUUUACGGCAAUGAGAUCUGCUGGAAACGAGUUGCUGAUUGUGUUGUGUUGGAUCCAAGGAUUGCUGCAUGGCUGAUAAAUCCUAGCGACACUGUUCCCUCUUUUGAGUAUUUAAUACUAAAGCAUUUUAAAAAACCUCUUUCUACAAGAAUGGUGAAUAUGAACAUGGGUUUGUUAAGCAAUACAUUGCAUCAGAACUUGGGUCUAAACUUGAAGAUACUUUACAGUGUAAUGAUGGACCUUUCUCAGGAGUUACAGGUUCAAGGCUUGUGGAAAUUGUUUUUCACUUUGGAGCUCCCGCUGGUAAAAAUAUUGGCAGUGAUGGAAACCCACAAAAUACAUGUGAAUAAAGAAGAGCUGAAAAGAACAUCAGAGAUUCUAGGGUUGCAAUUGAAAGAGCUUGAGCAGCAAGCCCAUCAAGCUGCUGGGCAGCAAUUCCUUUUGACCAGCAGUUGUCAACUCAGAGAGGUAUUAUUUGAAAAAUUAAAGUUGCAUAUGCUAUGUGAGAGAAUUCCCAGGACUGAGAUUCAGCAAUCUAUAUCCACUUCAGAAGCUGUGUUAAAUAAACUGCAAGAUCUUCACCCGUUGCCUAAAAUAAUUUUAGAAUACCGUCAGGUGCAUAAAAUAAAAUCAACCUAUGUGGAUGGACUACUUUCAUGCAUGAAAAAGGGAUUUCUUUCAUCUACAUGGAAUCAAACAGGAACUGUGACUGGAAGACUUUCAGCAAAGCAUCCGAAUAUUCAAGGCAUCUCCAAGCAUGCCAUUCAAAUUAUGAAGAAGCAAAACAUAAAAGGAAAAGACAGUGAGAUAGUAACUAUUUCCCCAAGGGCCAUGUUUGUUUCUGCCAAAGGAUAUACAUUUCUAGCAGCAGAUUUUUCCCAAAUUGAACUAAGAAUCCUUGCACACCUGUCAUGUGAUCCAGAACUUCUGAAACUAUUCCAAGAACCUGAAAUCAGUGAUGUUUUUACUGUAUUGGCUUCUCAAUGGAAGGGGAUUCCAAGUAAACAAGUAAAACAUGCAGAUCGAGAGCAGACAAAGCGCAUUGUCUAUUCUGUGAUUUAUGGAGCAGGUAAAGACCGUCUUGCUGGAUGUCUGGGAAUUACUGCACCUGAAGCCAGUCAGUUUAUAGAGAGUUUUUUGCAAAAGUACAAGAAAGUCCAUGACUUUACCAAGAAGACUAUUGAACAAUGCCAGCAUAAAGGCUAUGUGGUUUCCAUCAUGGGACGUAAAAGACCCUUGCCAAAUAUUAGUGCACAGGACUACAGGCUACGGACUCAAGCAGAGAGGCAAGCUGUCAACUUUGUUGUCCAAGGAUCUGCAGCUGAUCUUUGUAAAAUGGCCAUGGUUGAGAUUUUUACUUCUGUUGCCAUGUCUCCAACUUUAACAGCCAGGUUAAUUGCCCAAAUUCAUGAUGAGUUGUUGUUUGAAGUGGAAGAUUCUCAAAUUCAGGAGUUUUCAGCACUUGUAAAAAGAACAAUGGAAUCUCUGCCACAAAUCAAAGCCUUAGAAAUGCCACUGAAGGUCCCCUUGAAAGUGAUUCUCACCACUGGAAAAUCAUGGGGAUGUAUGACAGAAUUACGGGAGAUGUAAACCAGCCAUCAGGGACCGUAUUCAAUACCCGCACACCUCAUUGGCCUAUGCUGAUUCCUCACUGAAUCACUAGGCAACAGCUCUGCAGGAUCUUUCAUAAGCACCUAAUACUCUGCAUGUGAAUUUUUUUCUUCAUUUUGUCUGUAGCCCUAGGCAACAGCAGUAAGAUAAAACUGGAUUUUACCAGUUCAUUGUGAUUCUUUUAGCCAAGGUAACCAGCAGGGAGCUGCUUUUGUUCAGAGCUAAAUUACUACAUGUAAGAAAUGAAGCAAGACAAUAUUAACCCUUCAGGGAGCAUAACAUUCAUCUAAUUCAUAGACACAGGCUUAACAUUAAAUAUUUUGUCAGAUGCUUCUAUGAAUGCAAGAUAACUGAAAAUCCUGCCAACGAUACAGUUUUAAAUAUAUCAGUAGUUGCUCCGCCGUUACAUUCAGCAUUCUAGCUGAUAAUGUUUGAGCAAGGUGUCCAUUUGCUUCUUACCAGGUUUCUUACAGGCCCCAAAUGAGCAAAUGUCCAAAGCCAAAAUCGUUUAUAAAGUAUUGAUGACAUCUUCCACAGAUCUAGGAAAGCUUUCUUCAGAAGCAAAUUAUUUUUGAAUCUUAAACUGUCUGUAAGUGUUUUAAUAAGAACAAAUAGACAGAUAUUGGAUGCUUUAGACUUUUUUGAAAACCCUGUUUCUGGUUAGGCAUGGUUAUCUUUAAAUGCAAGUUACAUGCAGUAAACCAGUCAUAUGCUAGGGUGUUAAUGGGGACUGUAACAGACAUAUUUGCCUAAUUUAUUAUUUAAGCUACAGAUCUAUCGAUAAGUAUUUGUUUAUCAUAAAGUCUAUUUAUGGUUUAAAGUCGUAUGGUUUUAUGGUUUAAAGUACGUUUGACUUGUUUUUAUGUUUUAAUGUUUUGUUAUUGAUAUUUUAGUUUUAUUUGGUCCUGUUUAAUAAAUGAGAAGUUUAUUGUAGCAUUA